AUGACGACUGCUGGUGCCGCGAUCGGUGCCAGCCCUAUGCCAGCCGCUCCGGGAAUGUCCCCCGCCGGCGAGUUCAACGAGUUCUUGGAUUACGAAGACAACCAGUUUGGUGACUCGAGUCCCUUGCCGACAAACUUCGAUCUAUCCGCCCACGAUACCCUCACCCUAUCCGAGUUCCCCCAGUCGCUCCACGAAGCAAAGUCGCUCGAGCCCCAGGCCACCCUGUUGGCUACCGGCACCGUCGCCGCCGGCUCACCCGACUCUCUCAUCGACUCCUUCCGCGAUUCGUCCUCCGACUCUGCCUCCUCCAAAAGGACCGGCAGCUCCGCCUCUGGAAAAACGGCCUUGACGGCGGGCGACGUAAUGAUGACAGAUGGAGCCGAUAUCAAGUCCGACUGGAACCCUACCCUCUUCGCCGGCCGCCCAGAAGAGAAUGCUUUCCUCUUCGGCGGAAACGGCGACGCGACGCUGCCCGACGGCCUCGAUUUCAACGAUGACAAGUUCAUGGAAGAGUCUUUCGACUUCGAGAGUGCGUCGAGCAGUCCCAACGCCGCCGGUGCCAUGAGCAUGGAGUCGCCCGAGAUGCCUACCAUCCACGCCAACGCACCGCAAAAACCGGUCGCCCCGAGCAAUCCCAGAACCGCAAGCCAUGGCAAGCGGAAUUCACAGUACUCCAUAUCGCAGCCCAUGAAUGGUCUCAAGAUGACCAAUUCGAGGGAAUGCUCCCCAAUGUCCCAGAACAUGAUAACGAGCCACGAGGCAUCUCCGUCUGCCUUUUUCAACAGCUCGCCGUCACCCGGCGCGCCCGACUUCUCAAACGCCGCCGUAAUGGGUGCUAUGAACCCGAAUGGCUUCUGGUCGGGCAAGCUGGAUCCCGCGGCGCAACAGAUGGUCGCCAACAUGUCCAUGCAGCCGCAAUACCACGCACACGACGGCCUUCCGGUCUCGAUUCCCCAGCAGAUGCCCAUGUUCACCCAGCCGAAUUUCGAUUUUCUCAGUCGCGGCUGCCGGUUGACGAUCCAUCCCACACCGUCCAAGUCGCGAGUCGAAACGCAGAUUCCCAUCAAAAUGACCCUUUUCCCGCUGCCUCCGGGCAUCAAGCGUCUGCAUCUCCCGGUACACACUAUUUCGAAGCCCAAGCUGCUAGCGAAGCCACCAGCCGAACGGACUCCCGACAUGUUGGAACUGUACACCAUGCUAGUCUGCACUAGCGCAAUGCAAAACGAGGACAACAAGCGCAAGGCCUUCCAGCGCGCCGCAGCCGCCACUCACAGUCCUGUCAUGAACGCCCGGUCCGUCAGCGAUGAUGACGACGAAGAAAACAAGCCGCAAAACGGAGGCGAGGUGCGCAUCUGUGCCGGCUGUAUUACUCGCGAACGCAAGCGGGCCGCGAGGAAGAAGAUCAAGAAGGUUGAGGAGGAGGAGAUGUGGAACAGGGACGAGACGAGACGCGUGAUUGUUUUCAACACACAAGAGGUCAAGGAAUGGCAGACUCCCAAUGGCGUCGUGUCGGACUCGACAGUGACUGGCCGGCCGGAGCCGGUAGCUCCCCCUGGUGCCAUGCAGGUUGAUGCCCCGAUGCGAAUCGCCUGCUACUGCCGGCAUCACGCCGAGAAGCUGGGUUUUCAAGUCAUCUUCACCAUCAAGGACUGGCAGGACCGGGUCGUUGCGCAGGAGAUGUCUCAAUCCAUCAUGAUCACCGACGACCACAAGACGCAUCCGAUCCCCCAGCAACUCAACCCCCCUACCACGCAAGCCUCCGACAGCACCAACCUCGUACCCAUGAUGAACGCUCCGAUGGAAACCAGCCCGCUCAGCUCGGGUGGUGCUCCAUUCCGACUUUCUCAUUCGAGCUCCGACCUCCAGAACAUGCACCGCAACUCCGCUCCCCAGUUCCCAGCCCCGAACCCAACGGCCAAACCGCCGGCCCCCGCACCCUCGACCACAACGCCUCGGUCACUAUCGCGGCCACAAUCCCCUAACGCACACGGCGGGCCGCAGACGAAGAAGCGCAAGGCCAGCACCGGAUCGCGGGUACCGAUAGGAAUGGCAAUGACCCGUCUGGACACGACGCCGCCGCCUACCCAAAUGCCCGGAAACCCGGUGCCCGCGCCUGCCUCUGCUUCGACGUCGCCGUUUACGCCCAAUCUCACCAACUUCCAGACCCCUCCCGAGACUGUGUUUGUUCAGAAUGGUGCCGCGCCACCCAUGCCUCAAGCAUACGCUACCGGGCCCCCUACCCCCAACAGCAACGACCAAACCAUGUUCACCAACGCCAACCGCUCCGCCAGCAUGGACAACGUCGCGAUGCCAAUGUUCUCGGCGCCAGCGUCGGCACACCAGAGCCGCGCCGCGAGCCCUAGCGGACUGCGCAACGGUGUGAAUGCCGUGUCGCAAAAUCAGUUCAACGCCAUGUCAUACAUGCCGACUAACGCGGUUGCCCCGGCUCGACCGCAGCCAACAAUCCACAAGAUCAUCCCCAACGAAGGUCCGAAAUCCGGUGGCAUCGAGGUUACGAUUCUCGGGGCCAGCUUCUACCAGGGCCUGGAAGUGCUGUUCGGCGAUCAAAAGGCUACCACAACCACCUUCUGGGGCGAGUCUUCUCUGGUUUGCCUCUUGCCGCCAUCGCCGGUAUCUGGCGCUGUCUUGGUCACCUUCAAGCAGAGUCAGACGCAAGCCGGACCACCGUUCCCCGCGCUUUCCAAACAGAACCAGAUGUUCAAGUAUGUGGAUGACGAUGAGGAGAAACUCAUCCGCACGGCCCUUUCGAUUCUGGGUCACAAGAUGUCUGGUCAGAUGGUUGAUGUCAAGGAACUUGCUCAACGCAUUAUUGGUCAGGGAGAUUCCAGCUGGGGAUCCGGCCCAUCGGGCAAUUCUGGCUUUGGUGGCAGCACAUUCACCAUGAGCACGGAAUCGCAGCUGUUGAAGUGCCUGGAGCUGAUCGACCUCGACGACAACCCCAGAAUGUCUCGGCUUGACUUGAGACGGUCUACAGGCCAGACGAUGCUGCACAUGGGCUGCGCCUUGGGCUAUCAUCGAUUCGUCGCUGGCCUGCUGGCGCGUGGUGCUAACCCGGAUCUGCGUGACAAGGGCGGCUUCACCCCUAUGCACUUGGCGGCAAUGAACGACCACGAGUCCAUCGUGCCCUUUCGGGACUUCGCCCGGCCGACGUUGCUCGGUCACGCAAGGUCAUUGGGCACAUCCGCCGCUGCGAGCGUCACAUCCGUUCCCGAAGCGGCGGCUCUCUGCACAGCAGAGCGAGCAGUGCAGCGUCGUUGA